AUGAGUUAUUUAUUAGACGAUAAAAAAAUUUUAUUAAAAGAUUUAUUAUCAAAAAAUGAAAAUUUAAAAAUUGAAAACGAAAAUAUAGAAAUUGAGAAUAAAGCAUUUUUAUGUCUAAUAGAAAAAUAUGAAGAAAAAAAAAAUUUUUUGAAAAUUUUAGAAUAUAUUCAUUUCGUAUGUACAAGUUUAUAUAACUAUGAAAAUAACUUAAAUUAUAAUGUUUUAUAUAAAGAAUUUUUAAAUAGAUUAAUUGAAUUUUUAGAUAAAUCUAUUUUAAAUUAUAAAAAUAUUUUUAAAAAUAUAUUAAUAAAAGAAGAAUGUAUAAAUUCACAAGAUCAAAAUGCAUGGGUAAAUAAUGAUUAUAAAAAAGAAUUUAGUGAAAAUAACUUAAAUUACAAAGAAAUAAAAAAUGGUGCUUAUGAUAUAAAUAUAGAAGAUAUAAUUACUUGUAAAAAAAGUAGUGAAAAUAUAAAAUUAAAUGAAAUAAGUAAUGAUAUAGAUACUUGUAUCAGUGACGUUGAUAAGAUGAAUCUUGAAGAAAAUAUAUUAGAAAAAGAAAUACAAAACAAAAAAGUUAACCUAGAAUACCAUAAAAAUUCUGCAAUCAAACUAAAUGAAGAAAAAGAUAAAAAGGAAAUAAAAUACGAAAUAGGUAAUAAAUCAAAAAUAUACAAAAAUAAUAGAUAUACGAAAAAGAAAAAAAAAAAAAGAAUAUAUAAAAAUGAAAAAUUAAAAUAUUUUAUAUAUAAAGACAAUAAUAUAGAAAACUCUGAAAAAAAAGAUUCAAAUCAUUUAAUAAAAGAAAGGAAUAUAUGUUUAUAUUGGAAUAAAGAAGAAUCAAAGAAUGAAUUUUACUUAAUACAACAUUUUAAGCAAUAUGAAAACAAAAACAGAACAUGUUUAAAUCUAAAGGAAAAACAGCAAUUAAUUUUAAAUGAGAUAGAGAAAUUAAAGAAUGAAAUAAAAAAAAUUACUUUAUAUUUUGAAAAUACCAAAAUUCUAAUAAAUUCUGUGAUAUGUCAAAGUAAAAUAUUUUUAUUUGAGUUAGAUGAAGAAAUAAAAAGUUAUAAGAUAAAAAAAGAAACAAUAAAAAAUGACAAUUUUUUAAUUAAAAAAAGCAAUACUAUAAAUGACUUUUACAAUGGAAUAAUAAAUAAACAAAAGAUGAAGAUAGAUGAUGCAAAGAAGACUAAUGAAACAUUACUAAACUUAUAUAAAAAAAAAUUCUCUAAUAUUAAUUAUAUUAUAUCAAUUAAUGAAAAUAUUAAUAAUGUUGAUUUUCUUUAUUUGAAUGUUUUAAUUCAUAAUAAAAAGUUAAAUUACGAUAAGUUAAUGAAGGAGCAUGAACAAAAUUACUCUUAUUUAAGAAAACUGUUAAAUGAAAUAAAUAACAUACAUAAAAAUAUAAAGGAAAAUGAAAAAAAAGAAAAAGAAAUUAUAUCAAAUAUUGAAAAAAACAAAUGUAUAUUAAAUGAUAUGGAUAAAUUAAUUAUUGAAAUUACUAAUAAAAUUGAUAGCACAUCUAUUCUAUCAAACAAAAUUAACCAAAAAGAAAAUAUUGAUAUUCUCAGUGAAUGUUCUAUAUUAGACUGUAUCCAAUUAAAUAAAGAUAUUAUUAAUGUAGAAAAAAAAAUUAAAUCUUAUCAAAGAAAAAUUGACAUUAUAAAAAAUAUUAAAAUAAAGAAGUAA